UUCAUUAGCUUCCUUAAUCACACACCCAUUGGCACUUUUAAAUAUCUGACCUUUUUUAAACCUUUGUUUCCAUUAGUUUUGUUUCUCUUGUGAUAUAUAAUAUUAAAAAAAAUGUAAUGUUUAUGGGCAGAUAAAGUUAUAUAUCAUCGUUUGACAUAUAGAUACAGGAGAUAAAUAUUAGGCAUUCUGACAAAGUCUACAUCAUACAAAGUUAAAGAGCCUGAAAGAACGUUUACAUAAUUAUGUCCAAAUCUAAUUCAUUUGAUGAUCAGCUCAAAAUAUCCAAUUCUCAGGUUUUCUGUCUUCUCCCUUCCGUUUGAACAUUUUAGUGAAGCUGCUUUUAUUACUUUUUUAUAUCUGUUCUAUUUGUUCGCAAAUCUAAUUAAGCCUUCCCGAUCUAUUAUUACCAGUCAUUAAUUUUCUUACUAUAAUAUAUUUGAAACGCUUAAUUUCGUACUAAUUCGGUGAAUGAUCGCCCUCCUCAUCCCUUUCCCUCCCCUCUUGCCUAACAAACUUGAUUAAGAGCAUGUGCAUCCAUUCUAUCAAGAAUGUUGCCUUAAUUUUCUCCUUUUCCUCCAUCACGCAUCACGUAUCCCCUAACCUUCCAACCCCUACACAUCACGCUGAGCUUGUUAGUGUUUCUGCCACACCUUCUCUGUCGCGACAAUGACAAUGUACCGUCCUCUGCUUGAAGAGGAGGGCAGAUGCGAGGAAUGGGAUUUUACCUCUUCGGAAUACGAAGUGGAUUUUAACGAAAGUGAGGAGGAUGAAGAGAUCUGGACUACCGAUCAGCUGCAGGAGUCAACGAAGCUUCUCGGGAACGAUGAGAAGACAUACGGCGACCCGGAGCAGGACACGGAAAAGAAAGCCAAGUAUCCAAAGUCGGUGUUCUUCAUCGUCGGCAAUGAGUUCUGUGAAAGAUUUUCAUAUUAUGGCAUGAAAGCCAUCCUUAUCCUGUACCUCACCAACCAGCUGAGAUUCAGUGAUGAUACCUCCACAGUAAUCUACCAUGUGUGGUCUAUGCUGUGCUACUUCACCCCAGUCCUGGGGGCAAUCAUAGCAGAUGCCUGGCUUGGUCGUUUCAAGACGAUAUUCUACAUAUCUAUCAUCUACGUACUUGGAAACACUGUCCUCUCCAUGUCAGCAAUUACUCCCAUGGUUACCGACUUGACAUUACAAAAAGUCCUGUCCUUCACUGGGUUGUUCCUGAUAGCCUUGGGAACAGGAGGCAUCAAACCAUGCGUUUCAGCUUUUGGAGGAGACCAGUUCGUGCUGCCUCAGCAGGAGCGGCAACUCUCUCAAUUUUUCUUCGUCUUCUACUUUAGUAUUAAUGCUGGGUCAUUGCUGUCCACCUUUGUCACACCAAUCCUGAGAGAUGAUGUCUCUUGCUUUGGCGAAGACUGUUACUCUCUUGCAUUUGGUGUACCUGCAAUUCUGAUGUUGGUUGCUGUGGUGAUCUUAUUGAUUGGAUAUUUGACUCGGCUGUAUAAAAUCGUACCUCCACAAGGAACAAUAUUAAAAGAAGUCUCUGGAUGCAUUGGGGAAGCACUGAAGAAGAAAAUCAAGUCAGAAGAGAAAAAGAAGCACUGGUUAGACCAUGCAAAGGAGAAGUAUGGAGAAGAUCUUGUUGCCGAUGUGAAAGUCUUGCUCAAGAUUCUACUACUGUACAUUCCUCUACCAUUCUUUUGGGCUCUGUUUGAUCAGCAGGGCUCACGCUGGACCUUGCAGGCAACCUGUAUGGAUGGUACGAUUGGCAGCUGGACUAUAAAACCUGACCAGAUGCAGGUGAUCAACCCACUCCUCAUCCUGAUACUAAUUCCCGUAUUUGAUCGAGGUGUGUAUCCCUUGCUGGCACGUUGUAACUUGUUCAAACGGCAGCUACCAAGGAUGUUUACUGGCGGUGUUUUAGCUGGAGUGGCCUUCGUUCUCUCUGGCUGUUUGGAGUUGAAACUUGAGGACACCUACCCUAUUGAAAUCAAUGCUGGACAGACUCAUGUGACCUACAUCAAUAGCCUUCCAUGUGAUGUCAAUAUCACUACACUGGGGAGUGAACAUGAUAUUUUCUUGAAACCCUUUGGCUCUCAUGCUGAUUACAUCUCCGUAUCAUCGAAAAAUCAAGAUUUCUCCUUGGAAAUAAAAUAUGAUUUCGAGAAUUGUGGAAAUGGUAUCUCCUAUGCGGAUUCAUACAAUGUUACUCUGAUGGAAGAAAUUGCUCAUGUUGUUUUAGUUACUGCUGAUGGAAACGUGUCUACAGUAGUCAAUGUUGAUCCUCCUAAUGAUGUAGAAAAAUCGGAGGAAGGUCUCUCUAAACUGAGAUUGCUCUACAAUAUAGAUAUGGAUGCAGUGCCACUUGAAUCAACAGUGACAAUAUCAGGGAGUGUGAAGGACUAUACAUUUGAUUUUGGUAACCUAAGCAUAUCUGGGACAGACUUCCAAGAAGUGGAACCUGACAGUUAUGAAGUACAUAUAGGAGAUCAGCAAUUGGGUGAAAUAGAGGUGAAAAUUGGGGGUGUGUACAACUUCCUAGUUCAGCAAGACCUUACUGAUCCUGACAGCAAUGAGGUCUAUACCGUGACUUUGUAUCAAGUCACUCCACCCAAUAGUGUGCACAUGUUAUGGCUCAUUCCUCAGUAUUUCAUCCUGACUGCAUCUGAAAUUAUGUUCUCCAUCACAGGUCUGGAAUUUUCCUUCACACAGGCGCCAGCCUCCAUGAAGUCGGUUCUUCAAGCUGCAUGGCUUCUUACAGUAUCCUUUGGCAACCUAAUUGUGGUUAUCAUUGCUGAGGCAAAGUUCUUUGAGAGACAGGUGAGUUAGAUUUUUUAUUUUUACAUUACGAUCAGCACCUUGCUUGGUUAAGGUUUUUCAUGUCUGCCUUUCAACAUCUACCUUUCUUUCCUUCUGGAAGUACGCCUACAUACAGCCUGUGCUUAAGAAGGGUAUCUGCUCAAAUCCCUCAAAUUACUGUCCUAUAGUUAGAGUUUCUUGUCUUUCUAAAGUUUUUGAAACAACCCUGAAAAGGAAAGUUCUUAAGCAUCGAUCAGCUUCUGACCUUCUCACUGAUCACCAGUAAGGAUUCCACAGAUGGCAUUCUACUGAUAAUCUAGCCUCCCCUCACUGACUCCUGGUCAUCCUCUCUUUGCCAUUUUUGGUGAAAUUUUUGCUGUUGCCUGAGAUAUCUCGAAAGCUUUUGACAGAGUGGCACAAAUCUUUGCUUUCUAAACUACCCUUUUAUAGAUUCUACCCCUCUGCAAUUUUAUUUCCAGUUUUCUUUCUGGCCAAUGCUGUAUUAGACAGGCACUGUUCUACUCCAAAAUCUAUCUUUAGUGGUGUUCUGUUGGGCUCUGUUUUAUCUCCCACUCUUUCUAUUUUUUAUUAAUGAUCUUUUUACAACAAACUGUUUAAUUCACUCCCAUGCUGAUGACUAUUCUGCAUUACUCAACUUCUUUUAACAGAAGACCCUCCCAACAGAAAUUAGUAUAUUAUUUAAGUCUGGAUGCUAUAGGGGCAGGAUUAACAAAGAUUCACACUAAUGCUCCACACUAUCAACAAUAAUCUGUCAUGUUAGCAAUCACCACUAAACCUGGAUUCUCAAACAAGGCUUAGCAAUAUUGUUAAUGUGUCACUAAGACAAUGAUAUCACUGAUUGAGUAAGCUCUGUCAAUGAAAUCAUCAGACUCAGUGAUUCACAAGUGUGUUUUCAGAAAUGUCAGCCAAUCAUAAGGCAGCCACCUACAGCUGUGUCUUCCCAUUUUCUUCAUUUUUCCAUCAUAAUA